CCAAGCCUUCAUCCCUAGGAAACCUGGAUUCCUGUUCUACAAUUGACUUUUUCCUGUUCUAUUUGUGCAUCCCCCUUCAGCAAUGCAACAUUUCUUUUUCUCUUGUGAAUUAUCUUAUUUUUGUUUUAAAUUUUCUACCUGAUCUCACUUUUUCUUUCUAAUAUCCUCUCUGUCCCAAGAAAGAUAUUUUCAUUUCAUCACAUAGUAAAUGAAAUGUAUGUAGAAAAGUAAAAGGUUAAUUUUAUUCUGGAAUUUCUUGAUUAUCUCGUCUCAAUUAACCUAAAGAUUUGUUUGAAUGCAGCAGCUGCACAACCGGGAACUGAGAUCUUCAAUCUGCCAGCAGUUACUACAUCAGGUGCAGUUAGCUCAAGAAGCCAUUCUUUUGCUGAUCCUGCCAGUAACCUUGGUCUAGAAGACAUCAUCAGAAAGGCUCUCAUGGGAAGUUUCGAUGAUAAAGUUGAAGAUCAUGGCGUUGUCAUGCCCCAGACUGUAGGAGUUGUGCCUGGUAGUGUCAGCACCUCAGUUGUGACGAGCAGUGAGACACGAAGAGAUGAAGGGGACCCAUCAGCUCAUUCAGGUUCUACUCAGUUCCCUUACAACCCUCUGACCAUGCGGAUGCUCAGCAGCACACCACCAACACCGAUCGCAUGUGCCCCAUCUGCUAUCAACCAAGCAGCUCCUCAUCAACAGAACCGCAUUUGGGAGCGGGAACCUGCCCCACUUCUCUCAGCGCAGUAUGAGACACUGUCUGACAGUGAUGACUGAACUGUGCACAGGAGUUUGGUUUUAAUUGCAGAUUAAAAAAAAAAAAUCUGCCCUCCUAUGAUUUGUGCCCAGAGACUUCUCAGGAGAGCCAGGGCCACAGAUGAAGAAAUGAUGGAAAUUCGUUUUGAAAAUCAAAUUGGGGGUGGGGGGGGGGAGGGACCUGCCUUCAAAUAUCGGCAAUUCAAUGGAUUGUAACAGAGGAGGGUUGAUGUGUAGAGUUUUUUAAAAAGUGGACAAUUCUUGUUCUAACAUCUGUUUGUAAAGAAAACCAUGAUGUCUUUAAAUCACUCUUCUGUAAAUAGAUGACCUUUUUGCAGUGUAUCCCCUUGCUGUAGUAUCUGGUGUACUUAAAUUUAAAUCAGCGCAUCAACACUGGGGGUAAUUUUUUAAAUUCUUUGUGUAUCUUUUUAACCCCAGCCUUCUAAACAACCUCACACAGCCCAGUUACACAAUGCUGGCUGUCAUGGGCAUUGUACUUUUGUUUCCUCUAAAUUCAGCUUUCCCAGUGAUGUUUAAAUCUUGUGGAAAUGUUUAGGUUUUUAACACAUACCCUGUCAUAAAGUCUGUAUGAGGUCAAAGGGCAGGAGCAACAGAACUGUCAUUUUGUGAGUUUCCAGUGCGGGCUAUACUUUUGUCUUUAGUAGCACUGAAAAAAAAAAUUACUGCAUGGGUAUGUUAUAGUUCAGUUUUAAAGUUUAAAGGCUUAUUUGAGGCAUACCUCAAUGUUUAUGCACACUGGUAAUUUAACCAUGACCCUAAGUAUUCUUCUGCAUUUGAUGCAGCCCGACAAAGCUUCUGUUCUGAAAUAAAUUUGACUAUCCUGUCCAUA